UUCAUUCCAAUCAUGCACGGAAGUUCUGCUCUCCGAGCGUUGGCCAUCUUUCUCGCACUCUCCGAUGCCCUGUGCUUCACUCCUUCACUCUUCUUGAAGCACGGUCAACGUCACCUGCAGCUGGCAAGAGUGUCCGCGAAGAUUCAGAACAGGCGGCAUGCUCAAUUGAGAAUGGAGGCCGAAGGCCCGGGUCUCGAAGGAAAGUCGGUCGUCAUCGUUGCAAGAGACGUCGCCGUUGCACGCGGUCCUCCUCAACGUCAACAGGAGCAGCAGUACUACGAGGAGCAGCCAACGCCCAUGGGAGAGAUGCAGAUGUCCAAGUCUGGUGUCAACACGAUGGUUCUUGUCUCCGGCGCUGUGGCUGCCGCUGCCGGCGGAUACUUCGGCGUGAAGGCUUACAAGGCCCGUCAGCAGAGGCUCGUGGAGGAGUUUGGCUACUCCAUGAUGAUGUACUGGGGAGAUGCCAAGACCUCGCAGGAGACUGUCAAGGAGUACUUUGGCAAGGUUGGCCCGGUGAUCAACAUGUUCCACAAAGCCGACAUGUUCCGUGAGUACAGCAAGCGCCUGGCUCAGGACAAGGCCCUCAGCAUCACCUCCCUCAAUGACUUCACUGCUGUCACCAAGAUGAUGGGCGUCUCCUCUGGUAUGGCUUCAAAGCAGAUCGCCAAGGCAGCGGAGGAGCUCGUUCCCUACCCCAACCCUACGGAGACCUGGGAGCGCAAUGCCAACAAACCCUCUGUGCUCGGAAAGCUCCUGUGGCUCACGGAGCGCUGCUUUCCCGACCCCACGACGAUCCAGAAGCUGCGCUCAAGGUUCCCCAAGUCUUACAACGAUGACGUCAUCAACGUUCUUCAGAACACUCUGACCGAGCAGGCGUAUAAGGACAUCCUGAACGCCAAUGGCGGGCCUGAGAAUGGACUGCAGCCUGGAUACGACGUGCUCGGUCUCUCGAAGGGAGACGCAGAGGCCCUCAUUGAGAAGAUCUUGGAAGAGAAGAGGCUGGCGGAGGAGGAAGCCGCUCGUAUCGCCGCUGAGAAGGCUGAGGAGGAGCGCGUCUUGAAGAUCAGGGAGGCUGCAUGGAAGGGACAGCAGGAGAAGCUGAACUUGAAGGAUGGCAAGGUAAAGACGCACGGAGAGGAGCCCAAGAAGGACGAGCCGGUGCAGAGGGCGGAAGGGACCCACGAGUACGAGUGCACUGUGUGCGGCUACACCCUCUUCGUGGCCAAGGGACGCGAGUUCAAGUUCUUCGGCGAUAACUUCAAGUGCCCCCAGUGCGGAGCAGGGAAGCAGUACUUCAAGGACAACGCUGCGGAGUGAGGGUCAUGAGGAGGCGGAGCGGAAGGGGAGACGACCCUGCCGAUGGUGCCGGAGGAGCUUCGGUGGCUGCGGGGGACCUGACGGUCGGGUCGAGAGGGUGCGAGAGACUUUUUGUUAGCAGCUAUUUAUUUUGAAUGAAAUUAAUCGAUCUCGGUG